CCCCAGUAUCACCAGUAACCCCAGUAUCACCAUCAGGAGCAGCAGCUGAUGUUCCUGUGAGAUCUAAAGAUUUGGGAGAGAUGAUACUGUGUGACCGAGGGGUGCAGAUGCUCAUCACCACAGUGGGCGCGUUCGCCGCCUUCAGCCUCAUGACCAUCGCCGUGGGCACAGACUACUGGCUCUAUUCCAGAGGGGUGUGUAGAACCAAACUCAACCACGAGAACGAGACCAGCAGGAAGAACGAGGAGGUGAUGACCCACUCCGGACUGUGGAGAACCUGCUGCCUGGAAGGAGCGUUUCGGGGGAUGUGUAAGAGGAUCGAUCAUUUCCCUGAAGACGCUGAUUAUGAGCAGGACACGGCCGAGUACUUACUGCGAGCGGUUCGAGCCUCCAGUGUGUUCCCCAUCAUGAGUGUGGGAUUGUUGUUUAUGGGGGGUCUGUGUGUAGCAGCCAGUGAAUUUUACAGAAGCAAAAACAACGUCAUCCUGAGCGCUGGGAUCUUCUUCGUCUCUGCUGGACUGAGUAACAUCAUCGGGAUCAUUGUUUACAUCUCGGCCAACUCAGGUGACCCGGGUCAGAGCGACAGUAAGAAGAGUUACUCGUACGGUUGGUCCUUUUAUUUCGGCGCGCUCUCCUUCAUCAUGGCCGAGACGGUGGGCGUGCUCGCCGUGCACAUGUUCAUCGAGAGGCACCGCAAACAGCAGCGCGCCAAAACGCUGGUGAAGAAGUCGGGCCUGAGCUUCGGCCGCCUCCCCACCUACCGUUACCGCUUCCCUCGCCGCUCCAGCGAGACGCCGUCACGUGACCUCGGCAUGUUCACGCUGUCGCGCGACUCCGACAAGACCGCCGCCGGGAAACUGCUGGACUCCGACAAGGACUUCCUGCACAACGCCAAGGACGCCGCCAGCCGCAGGACCACACCCGUCUGACGCCCACACCCACAAUGUGGUCAUGUGACGGAUGAACCGGACGGGAACCGGCGGCCGGUACGAGCCGCUGCGAAAACCAACCGGAUAAUUCUGUUAUUAAAAUCUACGUAGUGCUAGUUAGAGUAUUUCAAUUUAGUAUCACUGUUUCAAAGGACAGUCAGGUACACAGGAAGUGACAUCACAAACAGGAAACUGAGAGCCACCUGUAGUCUGAGCCACAAAUAUAUAUAAAUAGAAUAUAAAUAUAUAAAUAUAAUAUAAAUAUAUAGCUGUGUGUAUUUACAGGUAAUUAUAAUCGUGAAUCGUGAA